UCUUCCUCAACACAGGAAUGUUCCUCCCUCACAAUACUAAAAACACACCCAUUGACUUAAGCGAGGAGAUCCACACGGGCUGGCCGACUGAUAGUACGACCAGAGCUGAGGGUGAGACAGCCAGCUGGAGAUCGUUUUUUGUUAUAGACUUCGCAUGGUUAACAAACGUGAUAUAGCUCUGAAAAUUUUUAUCCCAGACCGAAUCAGUUAUAUCAGUGCUUUUCAACCUCUUGCAGACCAAACGAAAGAUACAGAGAUAAAAAUCCUUUUCAAGACCGCAAUUCCUUAAACUACGCCACCGAAUAAACUGGAUUCAUUUUAUUCAGUUUUGGCAGCAUCGUGGCUUUUCCCAAAGUGGCAUGUUCGAGGACUAAAAGAGACCGACUUGAACUCCUACUUUUAACACAAAGAGGAUUCAAUGAAAAUGUCCAUCUGUGUCCAUGAGAAUCGCAAGUCUCGGGCCAGCACGGGCUCCAUGAACAUCUACCUGUUCCACAAGUCAUCCUACGCCGACAGCGUGCUGAUGCACCUGAACGCUCUGCGGCAACAGAGGCUCUUCACCGACGUUCUGCUGCACGCCGGCAACCGCUCCUUCCCCUGCCACCGGGCCGUGCUGGCCGCCUGCAGCCGCUACUUCGAGGCCAUGUUCAGCGGCGGCCUGCUGGAGAGCCAGGCCAGCGAGGUCAACUUCCACGACUCCAUUCACCCCGAGGUGCUGGAGCUGCUGCUGGACUACGCCUACUCCUCCCGUGUCAUCAUCAAUGAGGAGAACGCCGAGUCGCUGCUGGAGGCCGGCGACAUGCUGGAGUUCCAGGACAUCCGGGACGCAUGCGCCGAGUUCCUGGAGAAGAAUCUGCACCCCACCAACUGCCUGGGCAUGCUGCUGCUGUCAGAUGCCCACCAGUGCGCCAAGCUGUCGGAGCUCUCCUGGGGCAUGUGUCUGAACAACUUCCCCACCAUCUGCAAGACGGAGGACUUCCUGCAGCUGCCCAAAGACAUCCUGGUCCAGCUGCUUUCCCACGAGGAGCUGGAGACGGAGGACGAGAGGCUGGUGUACGAAUCGGCCCUCAACUGGGUCAACUACGACCUGGAGAGGAGGUACUGCGACCUCCCCGAGCUGCUGCGCACUGUGCGCCUGGCCCUCCUGCCCGCCAUCUUCCUCAUGGAGAACGUCUCCACCGAGGAGCUCAUCAACAAGCAGGCCAAGAGCAAAGAGCUGGUGGAUGAGGCCAUCCGGUGCAAGCUGAAGAUCCUGCAGAACGAUGGUGUGGUGACCAGCUUGUGUGCCCGGCCCAGGAAGACCAGCCACGCCCUCUUCCUGUUGGGCGGCCAGACCUUCAUGUGCGACAAGCUGUACCUGGUGGACCAGAAGGCCAAAGAGAUCAUCCCCAAGGCCGACAUCCCCAGCCCUCGCAAGGAGUUCAGCGCCUGCGCCAUCGGCUGCAAGGUCUACGUCACGGGGGGGCGAGGCUCAGAGAACGGGGUGUCCAAAGACGUGUGGGUCUACGACACGCUGCACGAGGAGUGGUCCAAGGCCGCGCCCAUGCUUAUCGCCAGGUUUGGACACGGCUCAGCGGAGCUCAAGCACUGCCUCUACGUGGUGGGCGGGCACACGGCCGCCACCGGCUGCCUCCCGGCCUCCCCGUCAGUGUCGCUCAAGCAGGUGGAGCAGUACGACCCGGCCACUAACAAGUGGACCAUGGUGGCUACGCUCAGGGAAGGGGUGAGCAACGCGGCGGUGGUCAGCGUCAAACUCAAGCUCUUCGCCUUCGGCGGCACCAGCGUGAGUCACGACAAGCUGCCCAAAGUGCAGUGCUACGACCCGCUGGAAAACUGCUGGACUGUGCCAGCCACGUGCCCGCAGCCCUGGCGCUACACUGCUGCUGCCGUCCUUGGCAACCAGAUCUUUGUCAUGGGAGGAGACACUGAAUUCUCUGCAUGCUCCGCUUACAAGUUCAACAGCGAGAACUACCAGUGGACUAAAGUGGGCGACGUCACAGCCAAGCGCAUGAGCUGUCAGGCGGUGGCCUCUGGCAAUAAACUCUAUGUAGUUGGUGGCUACUUUGGUACCCAGCGGUGCAAAACUCUUGACUGCUAUGACCCCACACUGGACACCUGGAAUAGUAUUACCACUGUGCCAUACUCGCUUAUCCCCACUGCCUUCGUUAGCACGUGGAAACAUCUUCCGGCGUAAGCUCCUCUAAGAUUGUCCUGUUGUUGCAAUGCAUCUGCUGGAUUUCAACUGUGAACAUACAUACAUUUAAAGUCCCUGUGCAGUCAAGAAAACACAAAUACAAAAAAAUAAAAUGCUGUCAAGAAAACCUAUUUUCUAUAAUAGGUAUACAGACGAAGGUGCAAAAACAAAGGUAGUUGUAUUGUUAGAAUUACAUGUAACUUACAAAUUAUAUGAAAGUGAGGUUUCGAGUCCAUUCCUGCUCAAACAACUGAACACUCAUUUGAGAAGGAUAUCACUGCAUGCCUUUUAUUGUUUUCACGCACAUCAAAACCUAUUUGUACCAGAGCGCCUAUCUGAACAUGCCUUGCAUUCUGCCCAUUAAUUAGCCGCAAGACCGAUGUUAAUGAC